AUUUCCAUACUGAUGCUCUGGGUUGCCCAUUUAGCUGGUUUUAAUUUCUUAUUCCUCUUUCCAAGGUAUGAGCCAUCAUCGUACAUUUGAAAUGUAUACUCACCCAAUCAUACAGAGAUGAGAUGAGGUGAAGUCAUGGAGAAGUUUAACCACACUGUGACUGAAUUCAUCCUGGUUGGUUUCACCCAGGAUCCUGUGAUGCAGCUGGUACUCUUUUUCCUUUUUCUCAUGGUGUACUCUGUAACAGUGGUGGGAAACAUCACUCUGAUAGUGCUAAUCUGUACAGACACCCGAUUGCACACCCCCAUGUAUUUCUUCAUUGGGAACCUGUCUUUUUUGGAUCUCUGGUAUUCCACUGUUUAUACUCCCAAAAUCAUGGUGAAUUGUGUGUCUGAGGAUAAGAGCAUCUCCUUUGCUGGGUGUGUGGCUCAAUUUUUAUUCUCAGGUGGGCUGGCUUACAGUGAAUGCUACUUGUUGGCUGCCAUGGCAUAUGACCGCUAUAUGGCCAUCUCCAAACCACUACUCUAUGCUCAAGUCAUGACUGGAGGGAUCUGUGUGGGUCUUGUAGCAGCUUCAUAUCUUGGAGCUUUUGUUAUCUGUGGCAUCUUUACACACAAAACAUUCACCAUGACUUUCUGUGGGGAUAAUGUUAUUAACCACUUCUUUUGUGAUCUACCACCCCUGGUAAAGUUGGCAUGUGAUGUGCAGGCCAAUUACCACAUUUUCCUUUAUAUUGCAUUAACUUUAAAUGUCCUUACACCCAUCGUGUUCAUCUUGGCCUCUUAUCUUUUCAUCAUUCUUGCCAUCUUGAGGAUUCGCUCCACUCAGGGUCAGCUUAAAGCCUUCUCUACUUGUUCUUCCCACUUAAUUUCUGUCACAUUGUACUUUGGGUCCCUUCUUUAUAUUUAUUAUCGUCCCAGUUCCAGCUACUCCCUGCAGCAGGAUAAAAUUAUUGCCUUAUCUUACACUGUGGUCUUCCCCAUGUUAAAUCCCAUGAUCUACAGCCUGAGGAACAAGGACGUGAAAGAAGCUCUGAAGAAACUUUUAAAGAUGUCAGCUUCCUGAUCUUGAUAACAAUGCAGAAGAAAAAUAAAACAAACCAAAACCCUGUUUUUGCCUUUCUUUUACAAUCACAUAAAUAUGUGGUUAGACU